AUGACAACAGUCGAAUACCUGCUUACAUUGAAGCAAGGGACAGGAGACACUCAUCCCACAGUCAACUAUAAUUUCACUAAGGACGUAGCCGUUGGUCUACUACCCUUGAUAGCCUUUGGUCUAAUCAAGCGAUUCCUACGUAGCUAUCAGACAGGAGACACUCAUCCCACAGUCAACUAUAAUUUCACUAAGGACGUAGCCGUUGGUCUACUACCCUUGAUAGCCUUUGGUCUAAUCAAGCGAUUCCUACGUAGCUAUCAGACAGGAGACACUCAUCCCACAGUCAACUAUAAUUUCACUAAGGACGUAGCCGUUGGUCUACUACCCUUGAUAGCCUUUGGUCUAAUCAAGCGAUUCCUACGUAGCUAUCAGACAGGAGACACUCAUCCCACAGUCAACUAUAAUUUCACUAAGGACGUAGCCGUUGGUCUACUACCCUUGAUAGCCUUUGGUCUAAUCAAGCGAUUCCUACGUAGCUAUCAGUAUCUACGCUACUUUUAUAAUCUUAAGACAGGAGACACUCAUCCCACAGUCAACUAUAAUUUCACUAAGGACGUAGCCUUUGGUCUACUACCCUUGAUAGCCUUUGGUCUAAUCAAGCGAUUCCUACAAUACUACUGA